AUGGGCAUGAUGUUGCCCCUGGCAUCGUGGUCGGUUCUAGCCUUGCACAGAACCUUCAUUGGCAUCUUCGCUCGUGUUUUGGUCGGGGUCUCUCCCCGUGGUCCACUACAAAACAUUCCAAAAAGGUUCGGGAAAACGCCCCCGAAUCCAUCGAGACAUGGGGGAAACCUUGCGAGUCAGUCGUCUUCAGAUUUAAUUGUUCUAGGCGAUGACAAUCUCUUCUGUGUGGGAAGGACAAGAGACAUCUCAAGCCACGCCAAUGGUUCGAGAAUGCCGAUCCCGGUCUCACAAACAAUUACAUACAUGCUCCAUACAUCGCGCCUGAUCGAUCACGAUCGCCUGAGUCGGUGGAGUUUCCAUUGA